AUGGUGAGCAAAAAUCUUUCCAACCAAGAGAGGAAUCGGAUUGUGCAAUAUCUACUCCAAAAUCUGAAAAACGGCAAGCCAAGGAAAGGAGCCAUGAAGGAGGCUGUCUCCAUCUUCAAUUCUUCGAAACGUACGGUGACUCGUCUGUGGGCUGCAGCCAAGAAACAACACGAUAAAGGUGACCAAAUCUAUUUAACAAGUGCAAAACCUAAUGCACCUAGAAGAAAAAGAGUUCAUGUAGACAUAGAGCUCAUUCAAAGCUUAGAGCUACACAAACGUUCGACAAUACGCAGGCUGGCCAUGGGAAUUAAUCGCAGUAAAAACACAGUUUGGCGUUGGGUGAAUCAAGGGCUGAUCAGAGCCCACACAAGCGCUAUUAAGCCUAAUUUGACAGCGCCUAAUAAAUUACUUCGACUACAGUUUUCACUAGAAGCAUUGGUGUUUGAUCGAAUCAUGAUGACUUUAAAGUUUAAGGCCAUGAACAACACAGUGCACGUGGACAAGAAAUGGUUCUACAUAACAAAGGUUGCACACAGGUUUUACCUAACACCCGGUGAAGGAGAUCCUCACCGCACAUGCAAGAGUAAGAGGCAAUGCAAAUGUGGAUUUAGAUUUUGGUCGUGGAUUUUUUGA